AUGCUUUCAGGAAUACAUACUGUGGCAGAUAUUUUUUGCUGUUGUUGUGGUCAAAUAAUUGGCUGGAAAUAUGAAUCUGCACACGAGAAGAGUCAAAAGUAUAAGGAAGGGAAGUUUGUUCUUGAAAGAGGAAGGAUUGUCGAUGACGUUGAUUUCUCCGCUGAAUUCUACAUCGACAGUCGUGCCAGCAUGAGUGAUGGUGAAGAUUCUUAA